UUUUAUCGCAGAUGGAUGGAUCCACUCAAUAAUGAUGAUCUUGCUGAUGGUAACGGUAUGGUUGUCUCCAAGAUCCCAGUUGGUGUUUCAGGAACUGCAUUAGCAGCUUCUCUGCUCCGUGACGGUUGGAGUCUGGCUAAAAUGUAUGCAAAGUACCAAGAAGCAGUUGAUGCUCUUCGCCAUGAGCAAUUGGGAAGGAAGGAAUCUGAGGCAGUACUGCAACGGGUUUUGUGUGAACUAGAGGAGAAAGCAGGUGUAAUUUUGGAUGAAAGAGUUGAAUAUGAGAGAAUGGUAGAAUCAUACUCUGUCAUCAACCAAAAAUUGCAGCACUCAUUUUCUGAACAGGCAAACCUAGAGAAAACAAUCCAAGAAUUAAAGGCAGAUUUGAGGAGGCAUGAACGUGGUUACAAUUUGGCUCAAAAGGAAAUUGUCGAUCUUCAGAAACAGGUGACAGUUCUUUUAAAGGAAUGUCGUGAUAUACAACUUCGGUGUGGAUCUUCUGGGCAUGACCAAGUUGAUGAUAGUAAAGCCAUUGCUCCUGUUGGAAUGGAUGUGGAGUCUGAUCCUGAAAAUGCAAUCUUGGAACGCCUUACCUUCAAGGAUAUAAAUGGGUUAGUUGAGCAGAAUGUUCAGCUCAGGAGCCUUGUGCGUAAUCUUUCAGAUCAGAUUGAAGAUAAGGAGAUGGCGUUCAAGGAGAAAAUUGAAAUGGAACUUAAAAAACACACUGAUGAAGCUGCCUGCAAAGUUGCUGCUGUGUUACAAAGAGCUGAAGAGCAGGGUCACAUGAUUGAAUCACUCCACACUUCUGUUGCAAUGUACAAAAGGUUGUAUGAAGAGGAACACAAACUUCGCUCAUCUUAUUCCCGCUCUUCAGAUGCAGCUCCAGUUGAAGAGGAUGGAAGAAGGAACCGUUUACUUCUGCUUGAAGAUUAUCAGGAAGCUACUAAGAAGGCCCAGGAAAAGGCUGCUGAGCGAUUAAGAUCUCUUGAGGAAGAUUUGGCGAAAUCUAAGAGUGAUAUUAUAUUACUACGAUCAGAACGUGACAAGAUGGCUCUAGAUGCUAAAUUUGCUAGAGAAAGACUUGAUAGUUUUAUGAAAGAAUUUGAACAUCAGAGAAAUGAAAUGAAUGGUGUUCUAUCAAGAAAUGUGGAGUUUUCACAGUUGAUAGUUGACCAUCAAAGAAAGUUGCGUGAAAGUUCAGAAAAUUUGGUUGCAUCUGAGGAACUUUCUCGGAAGUUAAAUAUGGAGGUGUCUGUUCUAAAGCUUGAAAAGGAGAUCUUGUCAAAUGCUGAAAAGAGAGCAUGUGAUGAAGUUCGUAGUUUGUCAGAGAGGGUUUAUCGCCUUCAGGCUACUUUGGACACUAUUCAGAGUGCCGAGGAGGCUCGUGAGGAAGCAAGAGCUGCUGAGAAGAGGAAACAAGAGGAGUAUGUAAAAAAAAUUGAGAGGGAAUGGACUGAGGCCAAGAAAGAGCUGCAACAGGAGCGGGACAAUGUUAGAGCUCUCACAUCUGACCGUGAACAGACGUUGAAGAAUGCCAUGAGGCAAAUUGAUGACAUGGGGAAGGAAUUGGCUAAUACGUUGCAUGCUGUUUCUGCUGCUGAAACUAGGGCUGCUGUUGCUGAGACCAAACUCUCCGAGCUGGAGAAGAAGAUGAAAGUUUCGGAUGCUAAGGCUGCUAGUAUGAAUGACAGUGGCAUAUCUUCUUCUAUUUCAGCUACUGAGGUUGUUACGGAUUUGCUUAUGGCAAAGGACGAGAUACAAAAAUUAAAGGAGGAAGCUCGGGCUAGCAAGGAGCACAUGCUACAGUAUAAGAGUAUAGCACAGGUGAAUGAAACUGCUCUAAAGCAAAUGGAAGAUGCCCAUGAAAACUUCAAGAAAGAGUCAGAGAAGUUAAAGGAGUCACUAGAAAAUGAACUUCUUUCUCUUCGGGGGAGGAUCUCAGAACUCGACAGAGAAUUUAGUAAGAAGUCUGAAGAGGUGGCCUCUGCAGCUGUAGGAAAAGCUGAGGCUUUUGCUUCUGCUUUGGCAGAAAUUACCUGUUUGAAGGAAGAAAACUGUAGUAAAACCUCUCAAAUUGUAGUGUUGGAAUCUCAAAUUUCUGCUUUGAAAGAGGAUUUGGAAAAGGAGCAUGAACGUUGGCGUGCUGCUCAAGCCAAUUAUGAAAGACAGGUUAUUCUACAAUCAGAGACAAUUCAGGAGUUGACAAAGACAUCACAAGCUUUAUCCUUGCUUCAACAAGAAGCAUCUGACCUUCGUAAAUUGGUGGAUGCACAGAAAAGUGCAAAUGUAAUCUUUCUAUUUUGUAUUGUGCCUUUUUGGCUGUUUUCUGAAUUAAUUUUGUUUUGGAUGAUUUUCAAUUAUAUCGUAUCUAAGCUGCGACGUUCUUUUUCUCUUGUCCCUUUGGGAAGAUUGGUCCAUUGGUUGAGAACUUUAUGCAUUUGUUUUUUAAUUUCGUUCUUCAAUUCACUUCAGGGCACCUCUGUGGUUCAGCUUCUUUCGGGGACCAUCUUGGAUGAUCUAGCUGCCACCUAUGUAUCAGCUAUUGAGAACUUUGAAAGGGUAGCACUUUCUGUUUCCUCUGAACUUGGAGCUGGUGUCCAAUCAGUGGAGAAUCCUUUGAUUCCAGAUGCUUCUGCCACUGUUACUCCUGGUCAGGCAGUUCCUUCUCAGGCUACCAUCGUUUCAUCAGUAGCUCCUCAUGCUCACUUACCUACUAAAAUGGCCGAAGAGAAGGAGAGAAAAGUUCCUGUACCCAAACCCAAUGUUGAAACUCGCAAGACAGGGAGGAAGCUGGUAAGACCCCGGCUUGUUAGACCUGAAGAGCCUCCAAGCGAUGUUGAGAUGUCAGAGGUGGAUGGAUCUACUAGUGUGGCAAAGCUUACACCAGCUAGCGAGUCUGAAACUCAACACAAUAUCACACCAUCUUCUCAGCCAAUAGCCCGCAAGCGCCUUGCUUCAUCUAGUUCUGACUUGAACGAGCAGCCCUUUAAUCAAGGAGAGACUAGCUCUGAUGUUCCACCACCUGUUUUGAAGAGACCAAAAGGUACUGAUUCCGUGCAAGAAGGUAGUGAAGGACAAGCUGCCACUCUAUCAGAGACUCUGGUGACUCUUCCGGUGGUGGAAGAAUCAGCUGUCACUGAUUUGUCUCAAGGUGAAGAGGAAGCUGUUGCAGAAAAGGAAGAGGUUGAGACUUCCGGAGAGAAAGCAGAGCCUCCAAAAGAAUCUGAACAAUUAGAUGACACAACUCAAGUUGAACCAGAGAAUGAGACAAAUGAAGUUGCUGAAGAGAUUUUGGAUAAACCAAAUGAAAGUGGAAUGGAAAUUUAUGAUGGUUCGAAGGAUCAUGCUACUGCAGAAGACAACCAACAAUCACCUGUGGAGUUUGAAAAUGAGAGGGAAGAGGGGGAACUAGUUGCAGAAGUCGAGGAAGGCACUGAUAUGUCAAACAUGGCAGGGAGCCCAGAAACUGGGGAAGUUCUUCCUGACACUACUCCUGUGGCUUCACCAGCUAGGAUUGAUGAUGAAGCUAUGGUUCCUGUGGGAAUGGAGUCAGGUGAGAUUAAUUCUCCUGAGAUGAUCACUGAUGAGAAGAAUGAUGAGGGUGAUAUAGUUGAAGAAAUUGGUGAAGGUUCCGACAAGUCAAAUGAUGGUGGUGACCAGAUAGCUGUGGAGACUGAUCAGAGUCCUGAGGCUGCUUCAGUCGCUGGAGAGAGAACAACAGCUACUGCCAAUACAGAAAUGGAUGCAUCAAAACAAGCUAGUUCCAGUGGAGCAGAGGCAGAAGAGGUUAGACAGGUAUCACCUGCAAGUAACACCUCUACUGUUGUCAAUUUAGCAGAGCGAGCUAGGCAGAGGGCAAUGCUGAGACAGGGUGGAGGUGGAGGUGGAGCUCCUGCAGUACUUUCUUCUCCAAGUACUAGAGGCCGUGGAAGAGUUCUACGUGGUCGAAUAGCACGUGGUGCACGUGGUGGGCGUGGUGGGCGAAGUGGACGAGGACAAACUCCUGGUCAACAGGGUUAAGAUCUUCCCCAUAUGGUUCUGUUAAACCCGUGAAUACAGCCUCUUUCUUUCUUUUUUCUGGGAAAUUGUUGAAGUCUCUGACUCUUCAUUAGAUCAAGGUAAACAGUCAAUCACAUUGCCCUAGGAAAAUUUUGAGUGAAUAGAAGGCAUGUCUUUCCUGGUCCCCUUGUUCAUUAUUGACAAGCUCUUUAAUUAUCAGAUUACUUCCCCCAUAUUUUGCUGAAACAAGAUCGUAAAAAAUUAUGAUCGAGUUGCAUCCACA